GGCUUCUAUGACAAGAAAUCUGUAAACACCAUCACAUCCUUCUGUGAGACACUUCACGUCUCCUUCAUCACACCGUCUUUCCCAGCAGAAGGCAUGAAUCACUUUGUGCUGCAGAUGAGGCCGGACAUCAAGGGACCACUAGUUUCCUUAGUAGAGUACUACAGAUGGGAAAAGUUUGCCUAUCUAUAUGACAGUGAUAGAGGUCUUUCUACUCUUCAGGUCAUACUGGACACUGCAGCAGAGAAAAAAUGGGUUGUCACGGCAAUAAAUGUGGGAAACCUAAAAGAUGAGAGGAAGGACGAAGCUUACCGUUCCCUGUUUCAGGACUUGGAGAUCCGUAAGGAGCGACGCAUUAUCUUGGACUGUGAACAAGAUAAAGUCAAAGACAUCAUGGAACAGGUGAUCACUAUAGGCAGACAUGUGAAGGGAUACCACUAUAUCAUCGCUAACUUGGGAUUUGUAGAUGGCGACCUCUCUAAAAUCCAGUACGGAGGUGCCAAUGUGUCUGGCUUUCAGAUAGUAGAUUUUGAUGAUCCUGUGGUAGCUAAGUUUGACCAACAAUGGGAGGCCCUGGAAGAGAAGGAGUAUCCUGGAGCUGAUACACGGAUCAGAUAUACAUCAGCCCUUACCUAUGAUGCUGUCCAUGUGAUGACUGAGGCAUUCCGCUUCCUUCACAAGCAGAGAAUAGACAUGAGUCGUCGUGGCAACAGUGGGGACUGUUUGGCCAAUCCAGCAGUGCCCUGGGCACAGGGGGUAGAGAUUGAACGUGCCCUCAAACAGGUGCGUGUAGAUGGUUUAACUGGUAACAUUCAGUUUGACCAGUAUGGGAAGAGAAUCAACUACUCAGUGACAAUCAUGGAGCUGAAGAACAAUGGACCUGUAAAGAUUGGCUAUUGGAAUGAGGUGGAUAAGAUGGUAGUGACCAAGUCAGACCUUUACCCUAAUGACACCAUGGGAAUGGAAAACAAGACAGUCAUUGUUACAACUAUACUGGAAGCCCCCUACGUGAUGCUCAAGAAGAAUGCUGAGUUGUUUCAAGACAAUGACCGUUAUGAAGGUUACUGCGUUGACCUGGCUGCGGAAAUUGCAAAGCACUGUGGUAUACGCUACCAACUAAGGAUUGUGGGAGAUGGCAAAUACGGAGCAAGAGAUGCAGAAACUAAGAUCUGGAACGGUAUGGUCGGAGAGCUGGUGUAUGGGAAAGCAGAUAUAGCUGUUGCUCCUCUGACGAUUACUCUUGUUCGUGAAGAGGUGAUAGACUUCUCCAAACCCUUCAUGUCUUUGGGAAUCUCCAUCAUGAUCAAAAAGCCACAGAAAUCCAAACCAGGAGUCUUUUCCUUUCUGGACCCACUGGCCUAUGAAAUCUGGAUGUGCAUUGUCUUUGCCUAUAUAGGAGUUAGUGUUGUGCUCUUUCUGGUAUCCAGAUUUAGCCCCUAUGAAUGGACGCUGGAGGAGCCAGAGGACGGAGCUUUGCCAUUGACAACUGAAUCCACCAAUGAGUUUGGCAUCUUUAAUUCCUUAUGGUUCUCUUUGGGUGCUUUCAUGCGGCAGGGUUGUGACAUCUCACCAAGGUCUCUGUCAGGUCGUAUAGUGGGGGGGGUGUGGUGGUUUUUUACCCUGAUCAUCAUCUCGUCAUACACUGCCAACCUGGCUGCCUUCCUGACAGUAGAGAGGAUGGUUUCUCCCAUUGAGAGUGCUGAAGACCUGGCUAAACAGACAGAGAUAGCAUAUGGAACCCUGGACUCUGGAUCCACCAAAGAGUUCUUCAGGCGCUCUAAAAUCGCCUUGUUUGACAAGAUGUGGCAGUACAUGAAAUCAGCAGAACCUUCCGUCUUUGUCAAGAAGACGUCAGAGGGUGUCCUACGUGUCAGGAAGUCCAAAGGAAAGUAUGCCUAUCUCCUGGAGUCCACCAUGAACGAGUACAUCGAGCAGAGGAAACCCUGUGACACCAUGAAAGUGGGAGGAAACCUGGACUCCAAAGGCUACGGCAUUGCCACACCCAAAGGAUCCCCAUUAAGAAAUGCGGUGAACCUGGCGGUGUUAAAGUUGAACGAGCAGGGGCUGCUGGACAAACUGAAAAACAAGUGGUGGUAUGACAAGGGAGAAUGCGGCAGCGGAGGAGGGGAGAGCAAGGAGAAGACCAGUGCGCUAUCUCUUAGUAAUGUAGCAGGGGUCUUCUACAUCCUGGUUGGAGGUCUUGGUCUGGCCAUGAUGGUAGCGCUGGUAGAGUUCUGCUACAAAAGCCGUGCUGAGGCCAAAAAAAUGAAGCCUCAUAGACUCCCAUGUUAUUUUGAGAAGAGAUUUUUCCGGAAGGAGCAGGGACCACCUGUGCUUUCUCUAACUCCCAAGGCCAAAGUUUAUAGAAUUUUCGCCUGAAACUGGACAAGGACAUGGUCCACGAGACGAGGAUUCUUGCAGUCAUUUCGGAUUUUGGUUUACGGCACACCUUAUGCCACUGAUGGCCACCUCUUUGAGGGACUUCAUUUGAAGUUUUUGUGUCUGCUCAGGGGUCAGAGGGAGAGGGAGUGAGCAUGCGCACUCGCACCUGUGACUACAUACACAUACUCAGAGAGGCAGAGAGACACAGACACGGAUAGACACACAGAUAAGACAAAAGGCUUUCAAAAUAAGAGUCCCUUCAAAAUAAAAGACUAUAUGUGUAUUCA